CAGAAAACGUGGCAGAAUGGUCACAUACAGAGUCCCGAAAUAAGAAAACAUGGCGCACAUGAGUUUGAAUUCGUAUCUUCAGCAGGUUGACAGGUCCAUCAACAACUGUGAUGGCUCAGUACUGGCAGAUCUGCUGUCCUUCAGACAUCCUCACAUAGCCAACACAAGACUUCAGAUAGAACACCCAGAGCAACAGUGUGAGCAGUUCUUUGAGCAGCCAUGGGAUGAACUACUGGCAGCUCACAUAAGAUGUAUUUGGGCAGUUGGGAACCAUGACUUUGUGGAAGCAUACGGCUGCCAGACCGUGGUGGUUCAGUCUCUCAUCAAGGCCAUCCAGAGCCACAGGGACGACAACUGGGCCCUCCCAGUGAUGUAUACUGUAGCCCUGGACCUGAGACUGUUUGCGCUGAGUGCAGAUGUACAGCUGGUGAGAAAAGGGAAGGGGAAACCUGGGGAGACACUGGAGAAGGCUGCUGAUGUCCUGAUGGGGUGUUUCAGGGUGUGUGCCAGUGACAGCCGAUCAGAUCUUGAUGUGUCCAAGAAGUGGGGAAUGCUCAACAUUGUCAACCAACUCUUCAAAAUAUACUUCAAGAUCAACAAGCAUCACUUGUGUAAGCCCCUGAUCAGAGCUAUAGACAGUUCCAAUCUCAAGGAUGAUUUCACAAAGGCACAACUUGUCACCUACAGAUAUUAUGUUGGAAGGAAAGCUAUGUUUGAUGGGGAGUUCAAGCAAGCUGAAGAAUACUUGACGUAUGCGUUUGACCACUGCCACCGAGCCUGUCGCAAGAACAAACGUUUUAUCCUCAUCUACCUGCUGCCUGUCAAAAUGUUACUGGGCCACAUGCCGUCAAUGUCACUCCUACAGAAGUAUGAUCUCACACAGUUUGCAGAAGUGGCCAAAGCUGCCAGUACUGGUAACUUACUCCAGCUGAACGAUGCCAUGGCCAGACAUGAGGCUUUCUUCAUCCGCUGUGGCAUCUUCCUCAUUCUGGAGAAACUCAAGAUCAUCACUUACAGGAACUUGUUCAAGAAAGUGUACCUACUGUUAAAUACUCACCAGCUUCCACUGGAUGCCUUUGUGGUGGCUCUAAGGACCAUGGGGGUGUCAGAUGUGGAUCUAGAUGAGGCCUCAUGUAUAGUGGCUAACCUCAUCUACAUGGGCCACAUUAAAGGGUACAUCUCCCACCAGCACCAGAAACUGGUGGUCAGCAAACAAAAUGCCUUCCCACCGUUGUCUACUGUGUUAUAACUCAACAUGGUCAAACCAUUUUGUAUCUAGCUACU